CGAUGCAGGGCUAUAAAAGUGUAGCUGCGUGUCGUGGCAGAAUAAUUGAACUUGGGCACUCAGAAGAGGACCAAGCUACAACAGGUGAAAUAGAAGUUUCAGCUGCGCAAAGACGGCUACUAUGGAUCGCAAACCUGAGAUCUAUUACGAGACUGAGAGAAGGUGAAGAGAUACGAUAAAAUGAGAAGAAAUGAAAGCGGUCUGACGAACGGUUCUUCAGUGGCCCCCCACGACACUAACCUGAAUCGCCCUCCAUGGGUUGCGACAACUUUGGGAUGCUUUCUGAUUUUCACCAUUGUCGUUGAUAUUUUGGGCAACCUCUUGGUCAUUAUCUCCGUGUACAGAAACAAAAAACUCAGAAACGCAGGCAACGUGUUUGUGGUGAGCCUGGCUGUAGCAGACCUGGUGGUAGCCUUCUACCCAUACCCUCUGGUCCUCUCCUCCAUCUUCAACAACGGCUGGAACCUGGGCUUCAUUCACUGUCAGGUCAGUGGCUUCCUUAUGGGACUCAGCGUCAUCGGCUCCAUCUUCAAUAUCACCGGCAUCGCAAUCAACCGCUACUGCUACAUCUGUCACAGUCUUAAAUACCACAAGCUGUACAGUGACAAGAACUCCCUGUGUUAUGUCCUGCUCAUCUGGCUGUUGACUGUGGUGGCCCUGGUGCCCAACUUCUUUGUGGGCUCGCUGCAGUACGAUCCCAGGGUGUAUUCGUGUACGUUCGUCCAGUCGGCCAAUUCAGCGUACACCAUCGCCGUGGUCUUCUUCCACUUCAUCCUGCCCAUCAUGAUCGUCACCUACUGCUACCUGAGGAUCUGGAUCCUGGUCAUCCAGGUGAGGCGGAGGGUGAAGCCCGAGUUCAGGCCGAGGCUCACGCCGCAUGACGUGAGGAACUUUGUCACCAUGUUUGUGGUGUUCGUCCUGUUUGCUGUGUGCUGGGCACCGCUGAACUUCAUCGGACUGGCAGUGGCCGUCAACCCCGCCGCAGUAAUACCCAUGAUUCCAGAGUGGCUGUUCGUGUUCAGCUACUUCAUGGCCUACUUCAACAGCUGCCUUAAUGCCAUCGUCUAUGGACUGCUCAACCAGAACUUCCGGAGGGAGUACAAACGGAUAGUUGUCUCGCUUUGCACUGUGACGUUGUUGUUCCCUGACAGUUCCAACGACGCUGCGGAGAGAGUCAAGCCAUCCCCUUUAAUAAACAACAACAAUCAAGUGAAAGUAGACUGCGUGUGAGAGGUCAUGAAGGGAGCACUGUGAACAAAGACAUACUAAAAACACAUCUCUACUGCUUCCAGACUGCAGGCUUAUUAAUGAUGUAUAAUGUACUGAACUGAAGCCAAUGACUCUAACAGCGUGUAUGCAGUUUUUAAACAGAUUCUACUCAGUCAAGGUGCAUUACAGUAGCUGUAUGUUCCCCUCUGUCUAAUUGUUUACAAUAAUGAACUAUAGAUGUAUGUAUUUAUUUUAUAUUGACAAUGGAUAGUAUGGCAUCAUUUCACAGAAUAGAGCUGAAAGGGUUUCUUACGUUAUGCAAUCUUUACCAGUCUACAGUACUUUGUGUGUAUCUGUAUGAGAAAUAACAUAGUAAAGAUUGUUACUUCUGACUAUAACAUCCAAGUUGUAUUACAUACCAUAGGUUGCUGAUGUAAAGGAAAUUCAGAAACUUGAAAAGCAAUAUGUUUGUUGUGAAGUGUUUCAUAUGCACUGGGAAAUGUGACACAAACGUGGUAACAUGAUGGGCUCGGCUCUAGUCAUGGCUAUAUGAAGAAAAACUCAAAAUAAACCAUUGUCAUAAGACCAAUUGUUUAAUUAGUGUUAACACAUUGUUUACAACAAAAGUGCUUGCUUGUAUCUUUUAGAGUAGUGAAAUGUGACUAGUAUGUACUGAAAUAAUUAAGGAAGUAAAUAAUAUGGGUUUCAAGAAGUCAGGGCCAGAGGGAAUAUAAAGUGUUAAAACUGACAACAACUGUCAAUCUCCAUACUGUAAUUGUCAUGUACGUCUAUCUGAGGUGAUGUGCUGUAGAUCUGUGUGUAAAAGACAUUUAAAGUCCAAAUCAUAUAUUUUAUACUACACUAUCUAUACAUGUAUAAUAGCACUGUACAGUAUGUUUCAGUCUACAUAUAUAUACUGUGCUAUUUUUAAAACAGUAUGUAUUUAGUCUCAAAAUCUGAUGACAAAGAAUGGUAAGAUAAAGGGCAGCGUGAACAUCAUUGGCAGGUAAACACAUUAAGACUGAUAUCCAUAACUUCUGCAGUGCAGCAGAAAUGUUUCAUGCUUCAAAUACUGGACACAUUCCCAUACAUACAUGUUUUAUAUUGUAACUCAUACAUUUUGAUAAUAUACAGUCGUGGCCAAAAGUUUAUAGAAUGAGACAAAUAUGAAUUUCCACAAAGUUUUCUGCUUCAGUGUCAUUAGAUAUUUUUGUCAGAUGUUACUAUGGAUACUGAAGUAUAAUUACAAGCAUUUCAUAAGUGUCAAAGGGUUUUAUUGACAAUACAUGAAUUUGUGUCACGCCCUGACCUUAGAUAGCCUGAUGGCAGCCCAUUCUUGUUGUGUCAC